GAAAACGGGAAGUGCAGCAGUUACUACAAACACAGUCAAACAACUCCAGAUACAGGAAGAGAAACUUACACAAUGGCCGCACACGCAAAGACAAAAAUCUUCUACAUUUCCAUUGGGUUUUGGCUCAUUUUAGGUGUUAAAAGCUACGACGGUUGGUCAAACUAUACAUUAACUGUUCAGACUGGAGGAUCUGUCACCAUCCCAUGUCAUUAUGACAAGAAAUACACACAGCAGAAGAAAUACUGGUUCUCAGAGAUUGAUCAAACUAAAACAUACACAAACACAACAGAUGAGAAUCUGUCAGUAAUUGAUCAUCCUGAUCAGAGUCUCUUUACUGUGACUAUGAGAAACCUGCAGGACAAACACAAUGGACGUUAUUAUUGUGUUGUGGAGAAUGGAGAACAACCACCGAAAAAUAUAAUAUAUGAGAUACAGCUCAAGAUUCAAUCUGCUCCUGAUGUGUCUGUGGUGAACAGCAGUGUAUCUGGACAUGAAGGUGGUGAUAUCAGUGUUCAGUGUCUCUACAGUUCUGGAUAUCAGAAUGAAGUCAAACAGUGGUGCAGAUAUAAAGAUCAGAGCUGUUACAAAGUGGGGAGGACUGACACAUCCCAGAAUUCAUCAGUCCAGAUCAGUGAUGAUGAUGAUGGGGGAAGAUCCUUCACUGUGCUGAUGACUGGACUGAGACUGACUGAUUCUGGCUGGUACUUCUGCUCUGCUGGAGAGGCACUGAAUCCUGUUCAUCUCACUGUAACUGAGGCAGAACCAGACAAAGAGAAAGACACAAGUAAAUCAGGACAUCACGAGAAUAAUAAUAAUAAUACAACUGAAGUCACCGGCAAUCCACAAAAUAAUAAACUCCUAAAUGUGUGGCUUCCAGUUUCAGCUGCGCUUCUGCUGUUAUUGAUUCUGUUCAUUGUUUUCACCUGGAGAUUGAGACGGAGACCCAAAGAAGAGCAAGAUGAACAGCAAAUCAGAGAGAGAAACGGCAGCAGAACCAUUGGCACAUGUGAAAUUCAGAUCUACUCUAAACCUGAAUACCCUGUGAUAUACAGCACUAUAAAUGAUGAAAACCCAAAUGAUGCCAACAAGGACAUAACCACCUACAGUACUAUUGAUAACGUUCCUGGGAGUGAAGCAAGGCCUCCAGCAGUUGGAACAAUAUACUGCACUGUGGCUCCACACCAACAGCAAGAGUGAGAAGAACACAGGAACAGACACUUCUGACCAAGAGAAA